AUGUACAAGGCCGUUGCCCUCACCUCCAUCGCUGCCCUCGCGGGUCAGUCCAUGGCCCUCAACGCCCAUCGCCACCAGCACCAGAUGGACAAGAAGGCUCUCGUCGUCGACUGGACCACUGUCAUCGACACCGUCUAUGUCACCGUUGACCCCAACGCGUCCACUCCCGCUCCUGCUGCUCCCACCUCUGCUGCUGGUGGCUUCGCCGCUCAGGAUGUUCCCAACCCCACUGGCCCGGCCGCUGGAAACGCCGCUGCUGGAAGCAGCUCUGUCGCCGUUGCUUCGUCUUCUGCGGCUCCCGCUGCCCAGGCCACCACUCUGGUCACCUCUGUUCGCCCGUCCGUCCCCGCCGUCGUGAGCAGCAGCGUCGCACCCGUUGUGCCUUCAUCUGCUCCGGUGUCCUCUGCCCCGGCUCCUCCCACCACCUCUGAGCAGCCUACUCCCACUCCCACUCCUUCUCCCAGCUCCGCGCCCGCUCCUGUUUCCAGCUCAACUUCCCAGGCUGCUCCCUCUGCUACUCCUAGCAAGGCCCCCAGCUCAGCUCCUGUCAGCGCUGGUCACUUUGGUCGUGGUAUGGCUUACAACGAUGGUCUCCUGGCCAACGUUUACGGUGCCCUGUCUGGCAAGAUGGGCUGGGCCUACAACUGGGGCUUCUACCCCUCUGGAAUCGACAGCCAGUUCAGCUAUAUCCCUACUCUCUGGAGCCCCGCUCCCCAGCACUCUGAUGGCUUCGAUGAUCAGGUUGAGACUCUCCUCUCCUCUGGAACCAAGGCCAUUUUCAGCUUCAACGAGCCCGAUAUUGCCAGCCAGGCCAACAUGUCUCCUAGCGACGCUGCUUCUGCUCACCAGCAGUGGCUGAACAAGUACUCUGGCAGAGCUCUGGUUGGCGCUCCUGCUGUUUCCAACUCCGGAUCGCCUGGCCAGGGUGCCGAUUGGCUCAAGCAGUGGGUUGAGGCUUGCGCCGGUAACUGCAACUUCGACUUCGUCAACAUGCACUGGUACUCUCCUGCCUCUGCCAUCGACACCUUCUUCUCCCAGAUUGAAGCUGUCAGCCAGGCCGGCGGUGGCAAGCCUGUCAUGAUCACUGAGUUCCAGCCUUCUGGCUCUGUUGAUGAGAUCACUGCUUUCUUGAAGGAGGCUCUGCCCAAGCUGGAUUCCAACCCCAACGUCUUGGGUUACUCCUACUUCAUGGUUGCCAACUCUGGCAGCGCUGAUGGCUUGAACCUGAUGGCCUCAGCCUCCGCUGCCAGCAGCAUCGGUCUCACCUACGCCUCCACUUAA